GGACCAGCAGUGUGGGAGAACCAUCAGCUUUAUAUCCUGGUACACAUCUAAGCAUUCAUAGAACUAAUUAGCUUCAAAGUUCUGAAUGGAAGGUUUAUUUGUUGUGACUGCUCGGGCAUCCUAUCUCUUCCUCACAACAAUUUUGAGAGACUGUGGAUGUGGGGGCCACACAAAGGAUCAAGCCUCUUCUAAUUCACCUCCCAGAUUUUAGAGAUAAAAAGAGAAAUCUCUUCCAUCUGUCACAUGCGUGAGUAUUUAUACAAUCUUGACUAUGGCUUCUCGUAAUCGUCAGUCCAUGAUACAAUGGAUGCAAACACCAGGGAUAAUACCCAAUUGUCCACCUGGAUUGGAAUAUCUGACUCAGAUAAAUCAGUUACUAGUGUGUCAACGUUUCGAUCUUCUGGAAGUUCUCGGUUGUUUUGCAACUAGUAAAAAAUAUGAAGUCAUGAACAAUCAAGGACACAGAAUUUAUUAUGCAGAAGAAAGAAGUAAUUGUUUUCUCCGAUAUCUCUGUGGACCUUCAAGACCUUUUACCAUGACAAUUUAUGAUAAUGUAGGCCGUGAUGUCAUUACUAUGCAUAGAACUCUAAGAAGUAGCUGUUGCUGGAGAAACUGCUAUGUACAAAAGCUAAAAGUUGAAGCUCCUCCUGGUGAAAAAAUUGGAUAUGUGUAUCAAUGCUUUCACCCAUUUUUGCCAAAGUUUAAAAUAAAAAAUGAGAAUAAGGAGGAUGUAAUGAAAAUUAGAGGGCCAUGUAUGCUUUCCAGCUGUGUCACGGAUCUAGAUUUUAAUUUAUUGUCUCUGGAUGAAGAAAUAGUUCUUGGCAAAAUUUCAAAAAAAUGGGCUGGAUUUAUGAGGGAACUAUUCACCAAUGCUGAUAAAUUUGGAAUCCAGUUUCCAUUGGAUCUUGAUGUUAAGAUAAAAGCACUGAUGCUUGGAGCAAGUUUCCUCAUUGACUACAUGUACUUUGAACACUGGCCAUAAGUUUUGCCAGCUUUCAGCAAAAUUAAACAACUUUCACUGAGAAUAUUUAAAUAAAGUUUUAUUUCACUAUAAUUAUUUGUAUAAAUUUCUUCUGCAUAAUAAACCACACCACACUUUAGGAACUUGAAGCGAUCAUUUUAUUUAGCCCAGGAUUCUGCUGUACAGUUCUCCAGGUCAAGACCUUGUUCACUCUUGCGUGUACAGUCAGUUAACAGAUUGCUUGGGGACUCUCUCAUCCCAGGUGGCCUCAUUCAUAUGUUGUCCGAGACAAUAGGAGCACCAAGCUUCGUAUUUUACAUCAUCUAGGAGGCUAGCCAAAGCUUCUACACAUGAUAACUAACUCUGUUACAAAGGCAUCAGGAACACAAGCUCAAUGUUCAAGCUCAUUUCAAGCCUCUGCUUCAGUUACGCUUACUAAUGUCCCAUUGGACAAAGCAGGUCACACAGCCAAGUCCAGAUUCAAGGAAUGGAAAAAUAGACUCAAUUUCUUUAUGGGAGUCGCUGCAAAAUACUACUUAUUUGCAGCACAAUAUAUUAUUGUGACAUUGUAUAAUAUCACAAUUAACAGAACAGGUGAUGUUUCUUGAUUUAUGUUUGUUAUAGACUGAAUGUUUGCGUUCCCCAAAAUGCAUAUGUUGAAAUCCCCAGUGUGAUUGUAUUUGAUAAUGGCCUUUGGGAUAUGGCUAGGUCAUGAGAGUGGAGCCCUCAUGACAAUGGUGCCGUUUUACAAGAAGCACCAGAGAACUCCCCUGUGCUUUCACCAUAUAAAAACAUAGCAAGUCACCAAACUCCACACCCAAAAAACAAAUAAUCCAGUGAAGAAAUGGGCAGAAAACAUGAAUAGACACUUCUCUAAAGAAGACAUCCAGAUGGCCAACAGGCACAUGAAAAGAUGCUCAACGUUGCUCCUCAUCAGGGAAAUACAAAUCAAAACCACACUCAGAUAUCACCUCACGCCAGUCAGAGUGGCCAAAAAUGAACAAAUCAGGACACUAUAGAUGCUGGAGAGGAUGUGGAGAAACGGGAACCCUCUUGCACUGUUGGUGGGAAUGCAAACUGGUGCAGCCACUCUGGAAAACAGUGUGGAGGUUCCUCAAAGAAUUAAAAAUAGACCUACCCUAUGACCCAGCAGUAGCACUGCUAGGAAUUUACCCAAGGGAUACAGGAGUAUUGAUGCAUAGGGGCACUUGUACUCCAAUGUUUAUAGCAGCACUCUCAACAAUAGCCAAAUUGUGGAAAAAGCCGAAAUGUCCAUCAACUGACGAAUGGAUAAAGAAAUUGUGGUUUAUAUACACAAUGGAGUACUACGUGGCAAUGAGAAAGAAUGAAAUAUGGCCCUUUGUAGCAAUGUGGAUGGACCUGGAGAGUGUGAUGCUAAGUGAAAUAAGCCAUACAGAGAAAGACAGAUACCAUUAUGUUUUCACUCUUAUGUGGAUCCUGAGAAACUUAACAGAAACCCAUGGGGGAGGAGAAGGAAAAAAAAAUGAGGUUAGAGUGGGAGAGAGCCAAAGCAUAAGAGACUCUUAAAAACUGAGAACAAACUGAGGGUUG